AUGAGCAUUGUGCGCUGCUCGAGCAACUGCAUCGAGCUGUAUGAGGCCACACGCAAGAGCAAGCAAUAUCGCUACAUUAUCUAUCGCAUCGUAAGCGAUGCAUUCAUCGAUGUCGAGUACGUGGGCGCGCGUGAACAGAACUAUGAAGACUUUCUCGCUCAACUAAUGCGCGGCGGCGCUGACGAAUGUCGCUAUGGACUCUACGAUUUGGAGUACACACAGUUCUGUGAGAUUACGCAGAAGCAGCGCCAGCGCGAGCGUCUAGUGCUGCUCUGCUGGUGUCCAGCCGAGGCCAAGCCCAAGUGGAAGAUACAAUAUCUGAGCUAUCUGCGUCCCUUUAUGGAUCAUUUGAAGGGCAUACAACAUUACAAGACAGCGCGUGAGCCUUACGAGAUUACGCGCCAGGCUGUGGAAAGAUAUUUUGGUGCUGUAGUCAAGUAG